AGGUAAAAACGUUCUAAAGCAUGGAAGAAGUGAUUAACUAUCGAAGCGAUUUGUUCCGGCUCUCCGAUAACCUAGAAACCCUACACAUUGAGGAGAAAUUUGGAAUUAAAUGUGACUUGACGUGCAAAAUCGAAGAGAAUAUGACUACUUUCGAGUUUCAAUUUGAUCUGCGAGACUUUAAAAAUAACGGAUUCAAGCAGCUCACCGCAGAAAUCACCAUAAGACCGGACCCCGAAAAUCCGAUAUUUGAGCUGAUUCAUCGGAAAUUGGAUAUUUUGGACAUUGAUGAGCACCGUGUCAAUUUUUCCGUCGAAAAUAAAAAUACACAAAGUCUUGCUGAAACUCGAGCAAUUUUGGAGCUCAUUUUGACACCAAUCCGGGAAAAAUUUUCGUAUCGGGAAAUGUUCAUGCCAUCCCAGAAAACAGAUGCGAUUUUGAUGAUUGGUGGCGAAAAACUUCAUGUUAAUAAAGCGUUCCUCUCCUUCCAUUCGGACUUCUUCCACGAGUUGUUCUCGGCGAGCUCCACAGAAAGCGAGAUUCCAGAGAUCCCAAUUCGUGACGUCUCCGCUGAGGAUAUGGGUCUUCUUCUCAGCACAAUCUACCCGGAUCUAGUGUUUCCCACGGACAAGACCGCCGCGAAGCUUCUGACGCUCGCCAAUCGAUUCCAAAUGCGGGCGGUCACCGCGCAAGUGGAACACCAUCUGCUCUGGCAUUCGGAUAUUGAAAUUGAAAAGCUGAUUCUGAUGGCGAACACGUUUGGAAUGAAGGAUCUGCUCAAGGAGUGCACUUGCGAUGGAGGAAACAAAACCCCGGGAGAGGUGCCCAUUUCGGUCCAGUGACGAGUCGGAAAGUGAAUCUGAAUCCAGCGAGAGUUCCAGUUCCAGCAGCUCCAGCAGAAGCAGUUCCUCGUCCGAUUCUAGUUAAUUUUUCGCAUUUCUCGGUUAGAAAAUCUUUAUGAAAAGUUAUAUUAGAAAGUUUCCCUUGUAUAAAAAUAUAUCUUUGCCCUCUC